AUGAGUGGCGCGAGGCUGUUUGCAACAUCUGCCGCCUCAACCUUGGCCGUUACCCUCCUCAUGCCUCAACAAACGGUGAUGUGCUGGGGCAGACGCCACGACGAUGACGACGCGGACAGAAAGAGAAACGGGAAGCGAGAAAAUGACGACGUGGAGAACACCAAGAAGCUUGUGCAAGACCUCGUCGCUGCUGUCAACGGGUUUGGAAGUGACGUCACAAAAGCCGUGGACGGUGCCGUGAAGCGAAAAAACGGGCGCGAUGAACCGGAGCCCCUCGGCGACGUCGUGCGGAAGCGGCUCAACAAGCUAAUGGAAUCUGGUGCUCCUGCACAGAUUUCUUUCGGGUUCGGGAUGGGCGUCUGCUGCGGGUUUGCAGCGAAGAAGACAGCCAAGGUGGCGCUAGUGGGUGCUGGCCUGGCCUUCGGCUCUCUCCAGUUGCUGAGCUACAUGGGGUACAUCGAGCUUGACUACACGAAGAUCGAGGACGAGGUAAUGAACUCGUUGGACCUCGACAAAAACGGCAAGGUCGACACCGACGAUAUACAAGAAUUGUGGAACCGCACCAUGAAGGUGCUGUCGUACAACCUGCCCACGGGAUCUGGAUUUGUAGCUGGAGCACUCCUCGGAGCCAGGAUGGGAUGAUUGGUGGUGCAGCAGCAGCAGCAGCAGCAGCGGGAUGGUGACAUGACGGCAUCGGAGAGAGCGAACGAUUUUGACCAUACUGCGUUUGUCCCCCAUACAUUCUAUGCGUGCCGCCGACCCAAAAUGUUCAUGAGGGCCAUUUCUCCGCUGCCACCGCCUUCUGGGUCUGGGAUCGUCAGUUUAGGGGUAUAAGGCUACACACGAGACACCCCUUGGCUGCUGGUAGAAAAGCGAUGGUAUUAAUUUGCACGUGCGUUCGCGUUGUGCAUCUGAUGUGACGGAGCUCCGGUUGAGCAACUUGUGUCAACCGAUGCGUAUAUCCUUCUUGCCCCCUGUGCCCCCAUUUUAUUUCUGUAGCUUUGUAUAAAUUGGAAGUUCUGCUGUAUGAAUAGAGAUUCAAGUGGCACAUUGUGCCACGGGAGAGAAAGGACGGUUCGUGGAUGAAUUGGUUUCUCUUGUAUGAUCCCAACAUUAUUAUGUGUCUUAAAUGGAUAAUAUCUGCGACGAA